GGCUCUGCUCGCGUACAAUCUGAAUUAGUGAUUAGCAGUGUCUUCAAGUGAAUUGUACCACGCAAGCGUUUGCAUUCAUUGUAGUAAUUUCUCUCGAGAAAAAUCCUACUCAUAUGUGCUAAUCAUCAGACUGGCGUCGCAUGGUUUUACCUACACUCUCCUACUACCGUCUACACGCCACCAAAUUGAUAUGAACAAUUUCCGAAUAAAGUAAACAACUUUAGUCAGUGGCUGGUGCUCGUUCAAAUUUCACUCGGUUCUUUUUCCAAAAUAUCAACCAACAUACAGGUUGACCAUAAUGAGGGCGAACCAUUUUAAUUGUUAAUCAAGCAGUGGUAGAACAGGCGAUUAGCCGCUCAUCAACAGAGCUUCAGUUUUGCAGAGUCGGUCGCGGAUAAUGUGCUCGGUUAGUGAUAACGUUGAAUAGUUGUGAUAUUAAUAGUGCACAGGAUGGAUUACGAAACGGAAAAAAUGCUAGAAGACAUCACAAAGGAGAUCUAUUGCGAACUGGAUGAAAUUCGCAGCAGACAUUCCAGUCGGCCUGAUAGUUUUGCCGAUGGCAUGCGAAACUCCAAUUCGUAUAAUGGAGAAUUACAAGUGCACCGAGAGGCUUCUAGUUAUGGGCAAAGUCGCAAUGGACACAAGGCUGAGUGGCAGGAGUAUUGGGCAAAUGAAACCUCGAUAGCCAGCGCAAGAGCGUCCGUGAUGAUCUACGACGACAUCAACAAGAAAUGGGUUCCAUCUGGAACAUCAUCCGGACUCUCCAAAGUGCACAUCUAUCAGCACCAAGUCCACCAAACCUUCCGGGUUGUGGGCCGGAAGCUUCAAGAUCAUGAGGUGGUAAUCAACUGUGCCAUACUGAAAGGCCUGAAAUACAAUCAAGCAACUGCCACGUUCCAUCAAUGGCGCGACAAUAAGCAAGUAUACGGUUUGAACUUCAGCUCCAAAGAGGAUGCAGAUUGUUUCGCUAGAGCCAUGUUUCAUUCGUUGGAAGUACUCAGCAACGUAGUCCGUCAACCCGCACAACCGUCUCAAUACGCGCCGCCUACCAUUCCCCAACAAGUGCCCCAACAGCCGCCCCCAGUUCCGGCCCAUCAGAAUCAAAUGCCGCAACCGGCCCCCAUAAUGCCUCAACAGCCUCAGCAGCCCCCUCAACCUCCGGUCCCUCCGCACGGCAUUCCGCAGCACCAAAUGCUUCAGCAAGUCCAUCCUCAUCAGCAGUACGAUGAGGACAUGGGCUACCGGACCAUGACCAGGGAAGAUGUGGCUAUGAUCCAGGAGAGACGGAUAUCGGCUGCCCUGAUGUCUCCGCAGCCAAGUUCGCCGAUGACUCCGCAGAAUAACGUUCCAGCACCGCCCGCAAUGCCGAUGGCCGCUCAUAGUCCGGUUUCUCCUCCUCAAGCCGGACCUGGCGGGCAUACGAGAACGGUUAGUGCGCCUCCUGCGCCUCCGCCUCCUCCUGGUCCUCCGGCACCGCCAACAGCGGCAGCUCCGCCACCUCCACCUCCCCCUCCCAUGAACAUGUCGCGAAGCCAAAGCAGCGACGGUGGCGAAAUCAAUUCGCUUGCGGCUCAAUUGCAAAAUGCCAAACUUAAGCGAAAUAAUAAGAACACUGUACAGCCAACGGAAAAUAGCGGUUCCUCAACAAGUAGCGGUGGAAGCAACUAUGGAACUAUCGGUAGAGGUGGAGGAGGAAGUAUGGCCUCAAUGAUGGACGAAAUGGCCAAAACUUUGGCACGCAGGCGAGCGGCAGUUGAGAAAAAGGUUCCCGAUAAAGAUGAAGAAGACAAAAAGGCGGCAGUGUGGGAGAAAACCAACACGCUGCCCAGUAACUCGUCAAAAUUCAGCUCAGAAUCGCCGAAAAGUGUACGUAAACGUUUUGGUUCCGCAUCGGAGGAAACCAUCCUGAAGGUAAACGGACUGUCUGAGGUUGCCAUGUCUAUGGGGCCGACUGAAAUGGAUAGUCUGAAGAACGAAAUCGUCAAAGAGGUGAAGAAGGAAAUUGCCAAGAUGAAGCAAGAUAUUAUAGAUGCAAUCAAAACAGAACUGAAUAGAAGGUAAUCAAUUUACCCAAAGCUGACUUAACCGUGUAUUGUAUAGUUUUACACUUUGCGACAAGUAAUAUUAUAAUUACUAAACCUCGAAGAUAAACUGUUCGUUUCAAACCCAUGGAGAUGCCAUAGACUCAAAAAUAUCACGAAAACUAAUCCGUAUACCAUUCGUUUGUGAUACAUUUUCUCGGCAAGACAACGUUGAUUCAAACGGGCAUUUCAUUCAAUCAUCUACAUUCAGCAACUAUUUCAUUCAUGUGUAUGUUAAUCCAUCUCGUGUAAAAAUAAGACCUACUGUAAGGAAUUUUUUAUAUAGCAAAAGCCUAUGUCAUAUGUAAAAGUGAAGAUACCUAAUCAGUUUUACUGCGUAAAAAAGCUCCCGUUUUGGUUUUUGCGGAAUGAAUUCGACGAGAACUGAAAGUAAGUUUUAUCCCAAAUCGCCUUACUUAAAAAGAUGGUUGUAACCGACACAGCGAUACGCUCUUACUUUAAGUUUAACCAUAGUAUUUAUUAUAUGCUAAGUUAUUGGAAAUCAUUUUAAUAUGACUUUUAUGACGAAAGUUAAUUAAGUGAUUCCUAUUUUAGCCACGUUAUAUAAACUAUAUCGGUGCGCAUUCAUAAAAAUUCAUAUCAAAGCGUAGAUAAUAACCGUUAAGCACAACUCUCUAAUAGUAUUAUCUUCUUAUCGCAAAGAUAUGUUUUAUAUAGCUCGGCCCAAUCCUGUAUAUAUCUUUAUUAGUUUAAAGGACUUCCAUUUUUUUAAUUGCCUAAUUUACCAAAUAUUAUAACUUUAACUUUAUGUGAACUGAUUUAUUUUUAGUUUAUUCUUCUUCGAUGUCGAUCCCAGAUCUAGGAGAAAUAAUAUUACAGAAUAAUUAUAAACUGGCAACGGGAUCAAUUAAAAUUGCACAUUUUUUUCAUCCAUUUCGGUCAAUAGUUGAAGCAGUUUUGCAAAAAACGGACACUAAACUGGGCGUUUCUAAUCUCAAAUAAUGUGAGUUCUAAAACGACAGUUUGUAGCUGUUUCCUCUACUGAUAGCUGCGAAGUCUCGAUUUUAAAUCAAAAACAAAUGGGAGCACGUAUUACCUUAGAUACCCAAAACCCUAAGAUUUUAGUCCCGUCUAGAUGCUUUCAUGGUUAGUAAGAAAAAAAUCAUAUGAUACAUCGACAUUUUGCCUGAUCCAUAACGUAGAACUUAAUAUUGUCUAAAAUGUACUGAAAAUUUCCCAAACACACUUCAAUGCAUCGUUAUUUGUUAGGAGCCUUGCAAUUUAAGAGACUGACUAAAAUAUAGAGCGACAGAUGCAUAUUUUGGCAUUUUUUUCACUGAACAUAAUCGAACACAUUUCAGAUCGUUUUCAGUACAUUUCAAUGUUUCAUUAGGUGUGAGGUAAAUUCGAACCGUAAAGGUUCUUUAUAUAGCUUGUUAUUCUAGGCAGCCUGGUUGUUUUCAAGUGAAACACGAGUUCUACGUUAUUCCUGUAUGUUAAAAGAAUGUAUAAAUGACCUGAUGAGUGAUGAAGUUAAUAUAUUCUAUAUAAUUUUAUGGUCAUAUAACUUUGUGAUAUCUCUUUGCAUUUAACUGCUCUACUCUUAUAUUUCUUAUGCCUCAGAUUGGUUUACCGCUUAUUCUGUUUUACUUUAACGUUGCUUGCACAUGCAUUUGAUCAGAGCCAGUGGUGUUUUCUGCUCUCCAAAAAGGGAAUAAGCUGCAAAUCGAUGUAGGAAAACACUAAUCGUUUUACUUCGGUGUGAUCUCAUGAAGUUAAAAUUGGCACAAGUUUUAUGUUCGAUAUUUAUAUUUGAGAAACAGUGUAUCUGCUUUAAUUUUACGUUGUAAAUUUUACAGUGUACUUGAAAUAAAAAUAUAAAAAUGUGAGCUUAACUCCGUUCGCUUAAUCUGUCCUUAGCGAAUUCCAGGCAUUGAUCAACGAACACACUGGAAGGGAAAACACGUUUUUGUAGUUGUUUUUAUGUAAGUUUUUACUUACUCUAUUUGAUGCGGCAAAUCGGUUUCUAAGUAGAGACACAUGUGCCCAUAACCAUUUGGGGAGUAUAAGUGGUAAGUUACAUUGCCCUGGUAAGUGAAGUUUCGGUGAUUCACUGCAGUAUAAUACAGCUGAAACCAUUCAAGUUGCAGAAAAGUGCUUAAAAAAAGUCUGACCAAACCUACCUCGGUUGCAAUACUGAACGGAAUCGCUUCAUCGUCCUCUGCAUGCAAAAUCAUUAUGGGACAGUCCACAUUUGUGAUGUAAGUUUUCGAGUCGAAGUUGAUAUCCCGUUUUAUUAUUGGGUUUAAGAUUGUUGUGUGAAGCCAGGGCAGAAAUGAGUAGAACUGAAAUGUGAGCAAAUGCUUUUUCUGUGAGCAAAAAGUCCUGCUGGCUAGUAAUUACCUUAAUUAAAGGAGAAGUCUUCAUAACGUCCACAACCGAAGUAAAAGGUGCCUCCAACACUAAACCGGCGACACUUUCAUUGCUCUUUUUAAGAUCGGAUAUUAAAUGCGUGGCCACGCCGGUGCCCAGCGAGUGUCCCCAAACGAAGAUCUUCGCUCGACUUCUCUCCCGAAGCCACUUGUAGAUGAAUGCCAUGUCGUUUACUAUGUUGGUGUCUGUUAGGUUGAAUCCUGUAGAAUCCCCAUAUCCUGUGUUUCUACCUUAUAAAAUACAAAAGCAAAUGCAAUGUGAGCAUGUAUACAGGGCCUUACGGGCAAAAGAUCUACUGAGUGGCAUCAAUAAAGAAAAGCCCUGUAUAAAGCUGAGGCUGUUAUGAAAUGGGUAUAACUAAAAUUUGAUUACAAGCGCUCUACAAAGCGGUCAAUGUGAUGAAUUAUUGGAAAAGGUAAUCUUUAUCUUUAACAGAUUUACAACACCGUCCAGAACACAUAAUUAAAGGAUGUUCUUCUCUCUAAGGGUUUAAAUGGAAAUUAGAACGUGCCAGUCCAGUGAAGGAAUAACUAAUUAGCAAUCAAAUUAAAACCGGUGCAGUAAAAUGGGUUAAUCUAGCUGGGCAGAAAUGAAUGCCCAGACAAAAGAAAAUGAACAAGAACAGACUCAAAAUGUUAAAAGCACAAAGAUAAGUAGUGACCCACUUCUUCACAUGCAUUGCUGACAUGUGCCUUAAGACGUUAGUGUUUUUAUACUUGUAUGUUGUAUGAUUUUUAUGUGAAAAUGUUAUUUAAUAUUUUGUUUAGGUAA